AAAUAAAGUUUCUUGGGGUAACCCUAAUGCGGGGAAAGGGCUUUUGGACUGCGCUAUAUCCCCGCCAUUUGUUUAUUUAUUUAUUUAGUUAGUUUUUUUGAGACAGAGGCUCUCUGAACCCAGGCUGGCCACUCUAACAGAGAUCCUCUUGAGUGCUGGGAUUACCGGUGUGUACCACCACAUCUGGCCCUUUAUUUUUUGAGACAGUAGGUCCUCACUAAAUUGCCAAAUUGACCUUAAACUUCCUGUCCUCCUACCAGAGCCUACCAUAGUUCUGGGAUUGGGUACUUUGCCCCUUGUAGCCUUUUCUGCCGCCACACCAGGAGCGGUUUUAUUGCUAAUACCGGGUGCUUAUCCCUUUUUACUUGAUGGAGACAGUAUUUUGCAGUUGAGGAAACCAAAGCCCUGACAGAUUAAGUACUUGUUUGAGGUCACACAGCCAGUGGUAGAUUACAGAUGAGUCUGAACCCAGGUAGGCUUAUUCAGAACGUGAGCUGUGACUGAUACCUUGCCUAAGCGGCAUACACUAAUGAAUCAAGCUGCCCAAAGCCUUUGAGGGCUGCCCUCCCUUCCAGCCUCAGAUUCGGCCUCACUCACCCGGCCUCACUCACCCAUCCCAGGAUGCCUUCAGGACUGUGCACACUUCUCGCCAUUAGCAUACCUUGUCCUGCAUCUCCAGUAUGGCAUGUAUGUCUGGCCUUGUGCGGUGGUCCUGGCCCAGUACCUCUGGUUUCACAGAAGAGCUCUGCCUGGCAAGGCUGUCUUAGAGAUUGGAGCUGGAGUGAGCCUUCCAGGAAUCUUGGCUGCAAAAUGUGGUGCUGAAGUGAUUCUAUCAGACAGUUCAGAGCUUCCUCACUGUCUAGAAAUCUGUCGGCAAAGUUGCUGGAUGAAUAACCUGCCACAGGUGGAUGUUAUAGGGCUGACUUGGGGCCACAUAUCCCAGGAUCUUUUGGCUGUGCCACCACAAGAUAUAAUUCUGGCCUCUGAUGUGUUCUUUGAACCAGAAGAUUUUGAAGACAUUUUAAGUACCAUGUACUUUUUGAUGCAGAAGAACCCCAAGGUUCAGAUAUGGUCUACCUAUCAGGUUAGAAGUGCUGACUGGUCACUCACAGCUCUGCUCUACAAGUGGGAUAUGAAGUGUGUCCGUAUCCCUCUGGAGUCUUUUGAUGCAGAUAAAGAAGACAUAGCAGAAUCUGCACUUCCAGGAAGACACACUGUUGAAAUGCUGAUCAUCUCCUUGGGGAAGGCCUCUGAGCUAUGCCUGUAAGGUGUUACCUCAAUCACUACAGCUUCCUGGCAAGAUGGAAUGAGCUGGAAGAUGAACAGAUCUGCUGGACUUGGGCUGUGUUACCUACACAACACUAAUGGGUAACAUUAACCAUGCAAACUAUUAAAGCACAAAGUAAAA